GAUAAUGUUUAUAGCCGAUGACUUGACUAUUAUGCCGAGACAUUCGAGAUGAAUGCAGUGGCUUGCAACAUGCGCUCAGUGCUUGCAGCCGCUUGGCUGAGCUCUCUUGCCAAAAAAAAUGAGAGUCCUUCGACCAUAGUGCUGCUGUAGACACGUCGGCUCCGUGGUGGUCAUCGGCGCGGCGGGCGGCAUGGGGAGCCGUCCUUUCCCACACUCCUCCACCUCCUCCUCGCCCGGCCGCGGUGGCAGCGUCUCGCUUCUCGGCGCAGUGCUGCUCGCGGAACUGCUGGUCUCCUUGCUAUUAAGCAGCGCACAUGCAGCAACAGCAGCGGCGGAAAAAUCCAAGCCAGGCGACUAUGCAGCCGCGGCCAACUACAGCACAUUAGGCUGCGAGGCGUUUGACCCCACGUACCCGCAGAUUGACUCUGAUCUGGAGAUACACCGACAGCUGGGCACACACCUCAAUUCCACAAAAUACAUUGCCGGCUACCUGGGUUCGGUGCAGAUGCGCGGCCUGACCGUCGGGUUCUUCAGCGGACGCGCCUACCUGCUGACGCCCACCGACUUCCCCGGACUCAGCCACCACGCCAAGCUGCAUGCCAUGUACAUCCGCAUGCUGCUGCACGUGGAGGACACCUUCGGGCCGCACGUGCCCGACGUGGCGUUCGUACUCACCACCUCCGACACACCCAGAUAUUGCUCGCCGCGCCUGCUCAACGUGUCCAGCCCCCAGCCCUUCAACUUUAGCGCCGUCGACUGCCACCACUCGCGCGGCUUCGUGCCAGGGCCCUACCCGGUCAUGGGCAUCGGCAAGAGCGACUGGUGGCCGGACCUGUUGCUGGUGCCCAACUUCCACUUCCACAUGAAGCUGUACGACAACACCUCUUUGGCGCUGGUGGAGCAGUUCGGGGAGGUGCCGUGGGCGCAGCGCAAGCCCAUUCUGUUCGGCAGGUUCAGCAAGUACCGCAUGAACCGCAGCCCGGACGACGCCAGCACGGCCAAGUUGGGUGUGGGCGGCAAGAAGAUCUGCUACAACGGCGGCAAGACCUGCCCCUCGCGCGAGUACUUCAUCCGCAAGAUGCCGGAGAAGGACCCGGCCCGCAUCGACGUGUCGUUUCGCGCCAAGGUGCCCAUGCUGCGACACACCGAGUACAAGUACCUCAUAAACCUGGAGGGGCAGGGCAUCUCCUCCCGGCUGGAGCAGCUGCUGCCCAUGAGCAGCGCCGUGUUCAAGGAGGCGUCCGGCUACUACGCAUACUACUACCGCACGCUGCUCAAGCACCGUGUCAACAUCAUAGAGUUCUGGAGGAAGGUGCCGGAGGAGGUACUGGAGGAGUUGGACUGGGCGGCGGCGCACGACCGGGAGGUGCAGCGCAUCGCGGCGGCGGGCGUGUCGCUGGCGCGGACCUACCUGGUGGGGCCCGGCCGCACCUGCUACUGGUACCGCCUGCUGCAUGGCCUAGCGGGAGCGUUGGCGUACGAGCCUGACCUGUCCCAGUGGCCGGAAGCUGUUCCGCUGCGGCAAGUGUUGGAGGAGCAAAUGCCGGCGAGCAGCAAGGGCCGGGAGGCCUACGAGCAGCCCUGGGCGCCGUGACCCUUGGCGCCGUGACAGCGGUGCAUGGAGGCACAAGUGCAUGGGGUAUUGCGGGCGUGCGCGUUUUCACACGGCUCGAUGGCGGCGUGGGAAAGGUUAGGGCGCGUGGCCGCGUGAGUUGGGUUAGCCGUGGAGUGGGUCCACCGCCCAGGAACAUACGGUAUGUUCGGAUUCAUGAAAGGCCGACAGGGCACGCGUUAACGACAGGCACGCAGUAUGUUCGAGGUACAAUAACGAAAGGCCACGCGGCGAGCAGCUGUGGAUCUGGGAGUCGGCGCCGCACCGGACUGGAGGUGGAGUGGGGGGCUGCAAAGACGGCGGUCGGCUGGGGACAGUGGGAAGCUGCGUCAAGCAGGUCGCGUAGGUGGACUAGACAGCGAUUGUGCUCAGGGCAACAUGUUGGCGCGUGGAGCGGGAUGGGAGCUGUUGACUGCGUGCGAUGCUGGCUCAAAGGCUGGCGGGCUAUGUGUAAUGCAUGGAGCCA